AUGACUUCCGAAAAGUCUCACGAGACAAAGUCGGCUGAGACACGACGCAACUCCGUCACGGCUGGUGAUGUCGUCGAUAUAGAAGACUCGGUCAACAGAGACUUCUAUGGAAAGUCCAUCUCCGAUUCGUACCGUCUCAAGUCGGAGCUCGUCGGCAAGUGCAUGUCGAAGAUCGGCUUUGGUCGUUUCCAAUGGAUCCUAUUUAUAGUUGCAGGCUUUGGCGGCAUGAUUGACAACUUUUGGUCUCAAGGGAUCGGUACAGUCCAGCCGGCUGUUCGUCUCGAGUUUCAGGACAUGACACGAGUGACCUUGAGCUCCAUAGCCUUUUACGCUGGGCUUAUUUUCGGGUCGUCGUUCUGGGGUAUCUCUGCCGACUUCAUCGGACGUAAGCCUGCUUUUAAUAUGACGCUCUUGAUUGGCGGUGUCUUUGCCCUGGGCGCCGGUGCAUCCAACUCUUUCCUGACGUUCUGCAUUAUGUGGGCUUUCAUUGGAACAGCAGCUGGCGGCAAUGUUCCUGUUGACAAUAUGAUAUUUUUGGAGUUUAUUCCCGAAUCCCACCAGUACUUACUCACAGCUCUCUCUGUCUGGUGGAUUUUUGGGCAGCUGGUUGUAUCCUUGAUUGGCUGGGGUUUCAUUGCAAAUUUCACCUGCCCAUCCAACACAACAACAGGCACUUGUUUAAGGGAGGACAACAUGGGUUGGCGAUACGUCAUGUUCACUCUAGGUUCGAUUACUGUCGCCGCUGCUCUGCUGCGCAUAUUUGUAUUCCGAAUGCCCGAGUCACCUCGCUACCUUCUCGCCAAGAACCGCGACGCCGAGGCUGUCGAGGCUGUUAAUUUCAUUGCUCGGUUCAACGGAAAGACUGAGCCCCUAACGAUUGCCAUGUUGCAGCAAAUUGACAUUGAUCUGGGUCUGGCUGCCGUUGCCGAAGAUGCCAGGCCUCGACGCCUGUCCAAAAUGCAGAUUCUCAAGGAAAACCUUGCCGACUACAAAUCAACAAAUUUCAAGAGGCUUUUUGCGACUCCUAGACUUGUGCGGCAUACGUCAAUGAUUUGGUUCAUCUGGCUGACAAUCGGAAUUGCAUAUCCUCUCUAUUUCAACUUCCUUCCAACGUACCUUUCCCAGUUAUUCGUUGAUGACUACUCACUUGAUGCAACAUAUCGAAGUUAUUGCAUUCAAUCGGCGGUUGGAAUGGUAGGGCCGAUUGUGGCCGCUUUCUUGAUCCAAACUUUCCUUGGGCGUCGAUAUGUCAUGGGUAUUUCGUCUGUUGCUACCGGUAUCUUUCUUUUCGCGUAUACCACGGCUAGAAGUAGUGCGGCGAGCCUCGGAUUCUCCUCGAUUCUCGGCAUGGUCGGAAAUCUUGAAUAUGCGGUCUUAUUCGCUUACACACCCGAGUCCUUUCCUGCGCCCAAUCGGGGUCUAGCAUCCGGCUUUGCUUCAGCCCUCCUCCGCUUUGGUGGUCUCUGUGCCUCUUUGAUUGGAACGUACACCGACUUCAGUGUGGUCCCCAUCUAUGUGGCGGCUUCACUCUGGAUUUGCGUUGGGUUGGCUUCAUUCUUCCUACCUUUUGAGACCCACCACCAUGCUGCUGUCUAA